CCUCUGCCAGGUUAUGGUCCAAGGCAUUGCCAGGUGGCUUCCUCUUUGGGCCUUGCCAUUCUGACCCCAGACACGUGUCUGACUUCAGCUCCCAGGAAGCAGGCCUGGCCCUCCCUGACCAGAGUUUGCCGUGUCUGGAGAGGCACUGGACUAGGGGAGAUGGGAAGGGCAGAGGGAGCCCCGACGCCAUCUGCAGGGCUCAAGUCAGCCUUGGCUCGCAGCAGCUUGGCCUGUCCCUUGGUCUGGGGCUGCCUGUCUGGCCACCUCCUGUCCCCAGCUUCCUGGUCAGCCUUGGCUAUAGCCCACCUAGUCUCCCUGGCAGACCUCCCCUCCUCCCUCACCACCCAGCCCUCUUUUCCACAUUCAGAAUCUCUGAGAUAUCUGGGUCACAGGGCAUGAGGGAGGGGGGAAACAGCCCUCUCCCCUGCCCACCGGGACCCUCUUCCUUUUCCUCCGUUGUUCUUCCUGCCCCUCCCCUGGCCUUCUCAGCACUCCCCAAGUCCAAUCAGACAAUUCCCAGCCCUCCUCUCUGCCUGUUAUUUUUAGUGAGCUAAAUAUACCCUGCAGGGUUCUCUCUUCCUGGUAGAAUUCUUGACCUCUCCUGUGGGCCAGCCCCGCCUUCCAGGAUGUACCAGGAACCAUGGAUUGGAAGUACUUCCUCCCUGUGAGGUCUGGGGGAUUCAGGUCCCGACUUCUCUCAGGCAGGGCAGCUGCACUGCCCCGUGGCGGGUGUGUGAGGCCAGGGCUCCUGGCUGGCUGGGUGAGUCAGGAAGUGGCUGGUCUGGGCAGAUCUCUGAAUGGAAUGAGACUGGAUGCUGAGACCUAGAGAAAAGGAACCCCUGAAGUCACACAGUCAGUGGCUGUCCCCACGGGGGCCUGGACUAGGAGCUCAUCCCCUAGACCCUCUGGUGGAAUGGCGGUGGAUGGACUCCUGGUUCACUGAACUCCCAGUCUGCUGCCCUCCCAGUGCUGGACUUUGCUCCCGAGGGGUCUUAGGCUGGGGAUGGCCGGGCUGUCCCCUUGAUGGGAGAUGUCACUUCCCAGGAGAGUCCAUCCCUUUCCCACACAGGGCUCACUGGCAGAACGUUCUGGUUUAGAGCAGUAUUCACUGAGCCUGUCUCUAUCACCCUGAGUCCCCUGUCAUCCUCCCUUUGAGCCUCCAGUCCCUUAACACUCCCUGUGGUCAAGGAGGACCCCAAGGAGUUCUGGAACUACCCCUUCAGGGGUCCCGAGGAGUCUCAGACCCAACCCUCGAGGCACAGAACACGGAGGGAGAGAUGACAGGUACCAAGGCAGCUGGCGAGAGAGAGCCUUGGGGUCAGGCUUGGUUCUCACUUCCUUGCUGGGACGCCAGCAUCUCUCCACUCCAGCUCUGUGUGCAUCCAUGACUGACAUUUCCUGCCCUUCGGUCCCCUCCAACCUCAAAGGCCUGUCCAGCCCCAAGGCAGAACUUUCCAUAGCUGGUCCCUGUUCAUGGGGCCGUGCCAGGCUGGGGCCAUCCCCUCCAUGCUUCCCCUCGCCUACUCCUGCUCCUCAUUCACACACUGUCUGGGCUUCAAGCUUACCAGCGGGGAGCCUGCUGCCUUCUCUUCCCUGGCCAGAGAUUCCUGGCUGUCUGCAGAACUUUAUAAUCCUUCACCAACCAUGUGUCCAAGAAGGGUGUGCGAGAUCCAGGAGGUGGUAGAUGGGAGACAGUGCUGGACCCUGCUGGGUUGAGCCCCACUAACUGAGCACGGGCUGGAAAUGGAGUGGGUAGGGGAACCUCCUCCCUGUUGCCCAGGAGGGAGUCAUCACCUGUGCAGAGGGUCUAGGACCAGAUUCUAGUCUGUGUGAUGGCAUUAAGGUCACAGAGCAGCCCCACACAGGUCGUACGACCCUAUGGGCUGGGGCUUCCUGCCUGGGACCUGGGCUGGCUGCACUGUAGUGUGAGGUAGGGAUAACUGGAGGUGUGCUUGGCAGGGACAGAGAGCCAACAACAUUGAGGGUUCUCACUGGCCACUCACUGAGACCUCAUGUCUCAGCUGAGCCCAAUCAGCAGAGCAUGCCAGGUGCCCCCAGUUCAUUGUAGCUCAGUUGCCUCUAAGGGCCAAGGAACCUGCUGAUGGGGUGAUAGGAAUGAAUACAGGGCCAGUGGGCUCCUUAGGAAACUCUGGCAGACUGAGAGGCGUGGGGGAGGCCGGGAGUCCUGCCGCAGACUGACUGCCGACCCUGUUUGCCUUUUGCUCAGUGUUCUCACCCGAGUCUCUUCAGAUAUGGCACGCUGGGCUGUGUGCCAUGUAGGAUGCUAACUCUACCGUCUGGCCGCUGCUAGGUUGAUGGGGGAAAACACUCCCCCUGUCCUGGAGGAACCUCCAGGCCAUGGGGAUUUAGGACACACGGAGGAAAAGAAGUAGCAUCCUCCCAGAUGUAUUUUAAGAGCAGCUCACUCAUGAAGGUGUGGACACAUGGAGAAAACUCAGUAGGCAUCACCCAGGCCUUAAAGCCGGAGUCGGGUCACAAAGGAGGACAAGAGCCCACGAAGCCCAGUGGUGUGCAGGUCAGGGAGCCAGGAGGCACUGUGUGUUGGGAGCAGGGACCUGAAGUGGGCAGGACAGUGCUCAGUGAGUCCCUGAGCUUUCUUCAACGGUAUGGAGCUUCUGCCAACCAACCCUGGAUCAACUCAGGGCCACAGCUACCCUCCGCCUGCUUCUGGAGGUUGUCUGAGGGAGAGGUGAGUGAGGGCCAGGCACAUAUCAGGCCUGUCUUGUCCACACAGGACAUGUGUGUUAGGGGAGGUGAGAGUGGGCUGGUCUGGGUUUUGGUUUUGAUGAGCUCAGUGUUGGAGAGCUGUGGUCGAGGAAGUAGGUGGCACACAAUGGGUUGGGCGUGGCAGGGUGGGCAAAGGACCCCAGAGCCUGACCACACAACCUAGAGGAGGGUCACGGCCAGGGAGGGUCUGAGGAGGUCAUUCGCCUUCAGUUUCCUGAACCCUCUUAGCCUGGGGCCAGACAGGAGCCUCAAGUUCUGCUGAUGUUGACUGUGGGCCCCAAGGCAGCAGAUGAGGGUGACCGAGGUUACCCUGCUGCAGGGCAGGAUGUUUGGUGGGCACACGAUUGACUGACAAUGGCCUUGUGCGGGGAGAGCCCUGGAGUGCUGCUGGGCUGGAGACCUGAGGACCUGGGCUGUCAGGCGGGGACCUGUGAUGUGGAGGACCUUGAGGAGGGUCCCACUGGGACUCUAGGCCCAGGUUGUGUGGUCUGGGAGAGCACAGGGCUCCUAUACAUCCCCCAGGAGGAAAAUCUCAGCUCUGUUCGUCUAGAGAAGGAGACAGGGGCUGAGCUGUGAUGUCACGGUGAGGGUACAAGGUCCUGGUCCUGGGUGGGGCCCACGGGCAUGCCCACUUUCCCUUAAGAGCCUCACCAGAGCCAAAGAAUUUAGGAAUUCACCAUCAGAUCCUGAAGCCGUGGUCACUGGGGCUCAUGCCCUGGUGCUGAGAUCUCUUCUAGACUCUGAGCUCCAGAGCCUCUGGAGCUGCAGGGAUAUGCCUGUGGCUUCCUGAUGGGCAGCUAGAAGACGGACCUUGCUCUGUGCCAGAAGUCUCAUUCAAGGGCCCAGAGCCACCCGGAUGGUGCCAGUUCUUCAGGAGGCCUCGCUGGUCCUGCAGGUGUCCUACACACCGCUGCCUGGAGCUGUGCCCCUGUUCCCGCCGCCUACUCCUCUGGAGCCCUCCCCAACUCUGCCUGACCUGGAUGUAGUGGCAGGCGGGGGACAGAGCCGGGCCGAGACUUGGUCCCUGCUCAGUGACAGCACCGUGGACACGAGAUACUCUGGAAAGAAGUGGCCGGCCCCCAUGGACACAGGAGGAGAGGAAGACACAGAGGACCAGGGACUCACUGGAGAUGAGACAGAGCCAUUCCUGGAUCAAAGCGGAGGGCCGGGGGCUCCCACCACCCCAAGGAAACUACCUUUGCAUCCUCCACCCCACUACCCCGGGAUCAAAAGAAAGCGAAGUGCACCUACAUCUAGAAAGCUGCUGUCAGACAAACCGCAGGACUUCCAGAUUAGGGUCCAGGUGAUCGAGGGGCGCCAGCUGCCCGGGGUGAACAUCAAGCCUGUGGUCAAGGUUACUGCUGCAGGGCAGACCAAGCGGACACGGAUCCACAAGGGAAACAGCCCACUCUUCAAUGAGACUCUUUUCUUCAACUUGUUUGACUGUCCCGCGGAGCUGUUUGAUGAGCCCAUCUUUAUCACGGUGGUAGACUCCCGUUCUCUCAGGACAGAUGCUCUCCUUGGGGAGUUCCGGAUGGACGUGGGCACCAUUUACAGAGAGCCCCGGCACGCCUAUCUCAGGAAGUGGCUGCUGCUCUCAGACCCUGAUGACUUCUCUGCUGGGGCCAGAGGUUACCUGAAAACAAGUCUUUGUGUGCUGGGGCCUGGGGAUGAAGCGCCUCUGGAGAGAAAAGAGCCCUCUGAAGACAAGGAGGACAUUGAAAGCAACCUGCUCCGGCCCACAGGCGUGGCCCUGCGAGGAGCCCACUUCUGCCUGAAGGUCUUCCGGGCCGAGGACUUGCCACAGAUGGACGAUGCUGUGAUGGACAACGUGAAACAGAUCUUUGGCUUUGAGAGUAACAAGAAGAACUUGGUGGACCCCUUUGUGGAGGUCAGCUUUGCGGGGAAAAUGCUCUGCAGCAAGAUCUUGGAGAAGACGGCCAACCCUCAGUGGAACCAGAACAUCACACUGCCUGCCAUGUUUCCCUCCAUGUGUGAAAAAAUGAGGAUUCGUGUCAUAGACUGGGAUCGCCUCACUCACAAUGACAUCGUGGCUACCGCCGACCUGAGUAUGUCGAAAAUCUCUGCCCCUGGAGGAGACAUAGAAGAGGAGACUGCAGGUGCCGUCAAGCCUUCGAAAGUCUCAGACCUGGAUGACCACCUGGGCUUCCUCCCCACUUUUGGGCCCUGCUACAUCAACCUCUAUGGCAGUCCCAGAGAGUUCACGGGCUUCCUGGACCCCUACGCAGAGCUCAACACAGGCAAGGGGGAAGGUGUGGCUUAUCGUGGCCGGCUUCUGCUUUCCCUGGAGACCAAGCUGGUGGAGCACAGUGAGCAGAAGGUGGAGGACCUUCCUGCGGAUGACAUCCUCCGGGUGGAGAAGUACCUUAGGAGGCGCAAGUACUCCCUGUUUGCGGCCUUCUACUCGGCCACCAUGCUGCAGGAUGUGGAUGACGCCAUCCAGUUUGAGGUCAGCAUCGGGAACUAUGGGAACAAGUUCGACAUGACCUGCCUGCCGCUGGCCUCCACCACUCAGUAUAGCCGUGCAGUCUUUGACGGGUGCCACUACUACUACCUACCCUGGGGCAACGUGAAACCUGUGGUGGUGCUGUCAUCCUACUGGGAGGACAUCAGCCAUAGAAUCGAGACUCAGAACCAGCUGCUUGGGAUUGCUGACCGGCUGGAAGCUGGCCUGGAGCAGGUCCACCUGGCCCUGAAGGCGCAGUGCUCCACGGAGGACGUGGACUCACUGGUGGCUCAGAUGAUGGAUGAGCUCAUCGCAGGCUGCAGCCAGCCUCUGGGUGAUAUCCAUGAGAUACCCUCUGCCACCCACCUGGACGAGUACCUGUACCGGCUGCGCACCCGUCACCUGAGCCAAAUCACGGAGGCUGCCCUGGCCCUGAAGCUUGGCCACAGUGAGCUCCCUGCUGCUCUGGAUCAGGCUGAGGACUGGCUCCUGCGUCUGCGUGCCCUCGCUGAGGAGCCCCAGAACAGCCUGCCGGAUAUCAUCAUCUGGAUGCUGCAGGGAGACAAGCGUGUGGCAUACCAGCGGGUGCCCGCCCACCAAGUCCUCUUCUCCCGGCGGGGUGCCAACUUCUGUGGCAAGAAUUGUGGGAAGUUGCAGACAAUCUUUCUGAAAUAUCCGAUGGAGAAGGUGCCUGGGGCCCGGAUGCCAGUGCAGAUACGGGUCAAGCUGUGGUUUGGGCUCUCUGUGGAUGAGAAGGAGUUCAACCAGUUUGCUGAGGGGAAGCUGUCUGUCUUUGCUGAAACCUAUGAGAACCAGACCAAGUUGGCCCUGGUCGGGAACUGGGGCACAACGGGCCUCACCUACCCCAAGUUUUCUGACGUCACCGGCAAGAUCAAGCUACCCAAAGAGAGCUUCCGCCCCUCGGCCGGCUGGACCUGGGCUGGAGAUUGGUUCGUGUGUCCGGAGAAGACCCUGCUCCAUGACAUGGACGCCGGUCACCUGAACUUUGUGGAGGAGGUGUUUGAGAACCAGACCCGGCUUCCCGGAGGCCAGUGGAUCUACAUGAGUGACAACUACACCGAUGUGAACGGGGAGAAGGUGCUUCCCAAAGAUGACAUUGAGUGCCCACUGGGCUGGAAGUGGGAAGAUGAGGAAUGGUCCACAGACCUCAACCGGGCUGUCGAUGAGCAAGGCUGGGAGUAUAGCAUCACCAUCCCCCCGGACCGGAAGCCGAAGCACUGGGUCCCUGCUGAGAAGAUGUACUACACACACCGACGGCGGCGCUGGGUGCGCCUGCGGAGGAGGGAUCUCAGCCAGAUGGAAGCGCUGAAGAGGCAUAGGCAGGCGGAGGCAGAGGGCGAGGGCUGGGAGUACGCCUCUCUUUUUGGCUGGAAGUUCCACCUCGAGUACCGCAAGACAGACGCCUUCCGCCGCCGCCGCUGGCGCCGCCGCAUGGAGCCCCUGGAGAAGACGGGGCCUGCAGCUGUGUUUGCCCUCGAGGGGGCCCUGGGCGGCGUGGUGGACGACAAGAGUGAAGAUUCCAUGUCCGUCUCCACCUUGAGCUUUGGUGUGAACAGACCCACAAUUUCCUGCAUAUUUGACUAUGGGAACCGCUACCAUCUACGCUGCUACAUGUACCAGGCCCGGGACCUGGCUGCGAUGGACAAGGACUCUUUUUCUGAUCCCUAUGCCAUCGUCUCCUUCCUGCACCAGAGCCAGAAGACGGUGGUGGUGAAGAACACCCUUAACCCCACCUGGGACCAGACGCUCAUCUUCUACGAGAUCGAGAUCUUCGGCGAGCCGGCCACAGUUGCUGAGCAGCCGCCCAGCAUUGUGGUGGAGCUGUACGACCAUGACACUUACGGCGCAGACGAGUUUAUGGGCCGCUGCAUCUGUCAGCCGAGUUUGGAACGGACGCCCCGACUGGCCUGGUUCCCACUGACCAGGGGCAGCCAGCCGACGGGGGAGCUGCUGGCCUCUUUUGAGCUCAUCCAGAGAGAGAAGCCGGCCAUCCACCAUAUUCCUGGUUUUGAGGUGCAGGAGACAUCGAGGAUCCUGGAUGAGCUGUGUGCUCCUGCCUUCUUCCUCCAGGGCCUUCUCCAAACGUCUGAGGACACAGACCUGCCCUACCCACCACCCCAGAGGGAGGCCAACAUCUACAUGGUUCCUCAGAACAUCAAGCCAGCGCUCCAGCGUACCGCCAUCGAGGUCCUGGCAUGGGGCCUGCGGAACAUGAAGAGUUACCAGCUGGCCAGCAUCUCCUCCCCGAGCCUUGUGAUAGAGUGUGGGGGCCAGACGGUGCAGUCCUGUGUCAUCAGGAACCUCCGGAAGAACCCCAACUUUGACAUCUGUACCCUCUUCAUGGAAGUGAUGCUGCCCAGGGAGGAGCUCUACUGCCCCCCCAUCACCAUCAAGGUCAUCGAUAACCGCCAGUUUGGCCGCCGGCCUGUGGUGGGCCAGUGUACCAUCCGCUCCCUGGAGAGCUUCCUGUGUGACCCCUACUCGGCGGAGAGUCCAUCCCCACAGGGUGGCCCAGACGAUGUGAGCCUACUCAGUCCUGGGGAAGACGUGCUCAUCGACAUUGAUGACAAGGAGCCCCUCAUCCCCAUCCAGCUUGCAGACGGUCUGUCGAGCUUGGCCCCUACUAACACGGCUUCUCCUCCAUCCAGUCCUCAUGAGGAAGAGUUUAUCGAUUGGUGGAGCAAAUUCUUUGCCUCCAUAGGGGAGAGGGAAAAGUGCGGCUCCUACUUGGAGAAGGAUUUUGACACCCUGAAGGUCUAUGACACACAGCUGGAGAAUGUGGAGGCCUUUGAGGGCCUGUCUGACUUUUGUAACACCUUCAAGCUGUACCGGGGCAAGACGCAGGAGGAGACAGAAGAUCCAUCUGUCAUUGGCGAAUUUAAGGGCCUCUUCAAAAUUUAUCCCCUCCCAGAAGACCCAGCCAUCCCCAUGCCCCCAAGACAGUUCCACCAGCUGGCCGCGCAGGGACCCCAGGAGUGCUUGGUCCGUAUCUACAUUGUCCGAGCAUUUGGCCUGCAGCCCAAGGACCCCAAUGGGAAGUGUGAUCCUUACAUCAAGAUCUCCAUAGGGAAGAAAUCAGUGAGUGACCAGGAUAACUACAUCCCCUGCACGUUGGAGCCUGUGUUUGGAAAGAUGUUUGAGCUGACCUGCACUCUGCCUCUGGAGAAGGACCUGAAGGUCACUCUCUACGACUAUGACCUCCUCUCCAAGGAUGAAAAGAUUGGUGAGACGGUCAUCGACCUGGAGAACAGGCUGCUGUCCAAGUUUGCGGCUCGCUGUGGACUCCCGCAGACCUACUGUGUCUCUGGACCGAACCAGUGGCGGGACCAGCUCCGCCCCUCCCAGCUCCUCCACCUCUUCUGCCAGCAGCGCAGAGUCAAGGCGCCUGUGUACCGGACAGACCGUGUGAUGUUUCAGGAUAAAGAAUACUCCAUUGAAGAAAUAGAGGCUGGCAGGAUCCCAAACCCACACCUGGGCCCCGUGGAGGAGCGUCUGGCUCUGCACGUGCUUCAGCAGCAGGGCCUGGUCCCAGAGCACGUGGAGUCACGGCCCCUCUACAGCCCCCUGCAGCCAGACAUUGAGCAGGGGAAGCUGCAGAUGUGGGUCGACCUGUUUCCGAAGGCCCUGGGGCGCCCUGGACCUCCCUUCAACAUCACCCCACGGAGAGCCAGAAGGUUUUUCCUGCGUUCUAUUAUCUGGAAUACAAGAGAUGUGAUCCUGGAUGACCUGAGCCUCACGGGGGAGAAGAUGAGCGACAUUUAUGUGAAAGGUUGGAUGAUUGGCUUUGAAGAACACAAGCAAAAGACAGACGUGCAUUAUCGCUCCCUGGGAGGUGAAGGCAACUUCAACUGGAGGUUCAUUUUCCCCUUCGACUACCUGCCGGCUGAGCAAGUCUGUACCGUUGCCAAGAAGGAUGCCUUCUGGAGGCUGGACAAGACUGAGAGCAAAAUCCCAGCACGAGUGAUAUUCCAGAUCUGGGACAAUGACAAGUUCUCCUUUGAUGAUUUUCUGGGCUCCCUGCAGCUCGAUCUCAACCGCAUGCCCAAGCCAGCCAAGACAGCCGAGAAGUGCUCCUUGGACCAGCUGGAUGACACUUUCCACCCAGAAUGGUUUGUGUCCCUUUUUGAGCAGAAAACAGUGAAGGGCUGGUGGCCUUGUGUAGCAGAAGAGGGUGAGAAGAAGAUACUGGCGGGCAAGCUGGAAAUGACCUUGGAGAUUGUAACAGAGAGUGAGCAUGAGGAGCGGCCCGCUGGCCAGGGCAGGGAUGAGCCCAACAUGAACCCUAAACUUGAGGACCCAAGGCGCCCCGACACCUCCUUCCUGUGGUUCACCUCCCCAUACAAGACCAUGAAGUUCAUCCUGUGGCGGCGUUUCCGGUGGGCCAUCAUCCUCUUUAUCAUCCUCUUCAUCCUGCUGCUGUUCCUGGCCAUCUUCAUCUACGCCUUCCCGAACUAUGCUGCCAUGAAGCUGGUGAAGCCCUUCAGCUGAGGACUCCCCUGCCCUGUAGGAGCGGGCGUGGGGUCCCCUCCAGCAUGGGACUGGCCGGCCUCCUCCACUCAGCUCGGCGAGCUCCUCCAGACCUCCAAGGCCUGAUCGUCCUGCCAGGGUGGGCAGAUAGACAGAUGGACCGGCCCACACUCCCAGAGUUGCUUACAUGGAGCUCUGAGAUCACCCCACUUCCAUCAUUUCCUUCUCCCCCGACCCAACGCUUUUUUGGAUCAGCUCGGACAUAUUUCAGUAUAAAACAGUUUGAACCACA